UUCAGACGGUUUGGUUUGUGUUCAGCGGCCAGUCGACUCAGAGCCCGAAAAAAACAAAACCCUCAGAGAAAAUAACUUUAAGCCGUGAAAAUUCGCUUCAUUUGGUUCCAGCGAUCAAUCGUAUGGUGCUGGUGCUGGUGCUGGUGUGAACUGUUCGCUAAUUUGAAAAUAACGAUUCGAAAUUUGGCAAUUAAACGUCAAUAAAGUGCAACGAGAAAGGGCCAGCCAGAAACCCAAAAAGACAAACAGAAAGACUAACAGCCAGCGGCAGAUAAGCUGUAAAAUAAUCAAAUGAAUAUAAACCCCACACAAUAAAGGAAACGUUGGCCACUAAUUCGCAUUUGAUUAGGGUCGGUUUCUGUUUCGAUCCGAAUCAACGAAUAUUACUAUUUGAUUGCGUGCAAAAAGACCUUUUGGGUAGCGUCUGGGAGAGAGCCAGAGAGAGAGAGAGAGUGAGAGAGAGUGCGGUGGAGCGGUCCUCAUUCGAUUUGGAUUACGUCGCUAUAUUAUUGGAUAUAUCACAUUUAGAUACGGAGACAUAAUGAAGGGGAGAUAUUUCAACAGCAGCCUGCCUUGGGCGCUUCUGGUGCUGCUCUUGCUGGCCGCUCUCACGCUCCAGUUGGCCAGCGCCGGAGCAGGGGAGCAGGAGCGGGAGGAGAGCGCCAGCACCGAGAGCAAUGAGAUCAUUCCGCGCGAGGCCAUCCAGAAGUUGGACUACUCCGUGCGUCAGGCGCUGCUGCGGGCCAUCGACAAGCUGGAGCAGGAGGAGGCGGCUGCCUCUGCAGCUGGCGUGACGGAGAGCGGCGGGGAGAGCCCCAGAAGUAGCGGAUCGAGAACAACUCUGGCCCGGAAUGAGGCCACAACACUGCCAUCGCCACGGGAAAAGGACGAGAUACUCGAGGAGAGCACCAGCAAGGCGGAAGUGGAGUCGGAGGCGGAGGCGGAGCCGGAGGCUGUGGUGCCCACCGUGCAGUUCUACACGGCCACCUUCGAUGAGCGCAAUGCCCAGGAGCAGCUGCUCUCCUCCUUCAUCGAUCGCUCCAAGCUGUGGAAGAAGACGACGGCACUGAGGAAGCAGAGCGCCCAUUCCAUCGAACCAAAGUCGGUGGAGGCGGCGGGUCCAGAGAAUCGCCAGCUGACACGCAGCGUGGACUCUGGCUCCAGCUCUGGGUCCGUGAGCAGCAACGAGAUCUCCCACGAUGGCAGCCAUGAGAUCAAGUUCGAGAUUAGCAAUGUGCGGAAGGGCACAACCACCACUGAGGCGAGCACCACCCCUACGACGAGCACAACCUCCACGACGCCUCGGCCACGCACCACACGGCGUCGUCCCACCACAACAACCACAACGACAACGACCACAACGACACCAAGACCCACACACAACGAGGAUGGGGAGAACAUUGAGCUGGUGGACAAGCAGGACAUUCGCAUACAGGAAGCGCCACUCGUGACGGCCUUCACCGUGGAUCUAGAUGAGCGGGGAACUGCGCAGAAGUUUCGUCCCCUGCUGUCGGGGGCACACCGUUCCAACUAUCCGCCGCAGCAUCAUGCACACAUUGGACCCACCAUCACCAAGCUGAAUGUGUUGGAGACGGAGCCACCGACCAUUCCGCUGCCCACACAGUACCCACCCACAGGCAGCAGCGGCACCACCACGCAGGACAGCACGAGCACGAGUCCCAGCAAUGGUUUCUCCACCACGCCCGCAUUCCUGGCCAGCUCCACCGCCAACUAUCUCAAGCAGGAGCCACUCAGCGAUCUGGAGGCACCGCCCAGCGUCAACAAUUACUUGAUUGAGCGACAGCGUGCCCUGGAGCAGCAGAUCUACCAGCUAAAGGUGCAGGCACAGCAGCAGCAGGCGUUGAUCUUGCGCCAGUUGAAGUUGCUGGAGGAGCAGAGCCAGAGCCAGAGCCAGAGUCGCUUCCAGGGCUCACCAAUUGCUCAAUCCAGCACAUUGCAACCGCAACAGCAGCAGCAGCAGCAGCAGCAACAACAGCAGCAUCAACAUGGUUCGUUGGAGGCCAUUCAGACGCUGCAACCGCCUGCUGUGGGUUACUCCAUAAGACCUUCGGUGGAAUUUAUACCCAGCACACAUACCAAAACUAUUAUUUAUCCCACAUAUCCAAUUGAGCAGCAAUUGCCGCUCCGCGAUGCCGUUUCGGCUCAUAAAUUUGCCCUGAACAACGGCAAUAGCCAAAAUAACUACCAGAAGCAGCCGGCCCCCGCCCCUGCGAGUGCAGUGCAACAGAUUUUCCAAAACUUGCAGCAAUCAUUGCAGAAAUCGAAUGAAAAUUCCAUCAAUAACAAUGGGCAGGUGCAGACCUCGAAUCAGUUCAACUUUGCCCCCGCGGAGGCGUCGCACCAGCAGGCACUGCCGCAGCACAGCUUCAAGCAAUUCCAACAGCCCCAACAGCAGCAGCAGCAACAGCAACAGCAACAGUUGCUGCUUCCCAGCUACGUGAGCAGCGCCCUGUUCCAGCAGCAGCAGCAGCACAGGGGAAGACAGUUUCGCCAGGAGUCGGGAGUGGGCAACUUUGGCCUGAAUUCCAAUGUGGAGAUCCAGCCGAGCAACUCCUUUGCCACCACCAUCGUCAGCCAGCAGCAUCAGCAGUCCCACUCGAAUCCCAGUCUGGAGAAUCAGAACUUUUAUAGGCAGCAUCUGACGCCACAGCUGAGCAAUCAACUCCAGCAGAACGCGCAGCAAUAUCUGCAGCAGCAACUCAUCCAGCAGCAGCAGCAGCAGCAGCAGCCCCAGGGUGGCGAUGCAACAUCCAACAUUAGUCCAGCUCUCAACCAUGGGAUCCCACAGUUCGCAUCACAAAAUCUGCACUACAAUGGCGCCUUUUGAGCACUUGCACCACCAAUCCAGCACCAGCACCAGCACCACCACCCGAUGCACCCCACAGGGCACAAAACAAAAAUUUACCUCCAGCAAUAUGCACCUCCGUUUCCAGGCCCGGCCCUGUUCCCGCACCCGUACCUGUUUCCUUAACCCAGAGCCCGAUGUCCACCGCCACCCUUUCCAUCCGGUUUUUGAAUUAAGUUUCACGUCCAACAUCUGUGUAAAUAUUCAAUCUAUUUUAAAAGUUAAGACUAAGAACUAAGCAAAAUUAAAGCCCCAACACCAGGAAGGGCAAGGAGACAACCCGAGUUGAAGAUUCGACGGAGGCCAUGACGAUUUUAUGGUGCGGCAAUUGGCAGAGCAAAAUGUUGAAAUGUAACAAUUAUUUAUUUUUUAUGUGAAUAAAGUUUAUCUUAAAGUGUGA